AUGGUAACAGGUGGUGACCGUCAGCAAGUAGAUGCAGAUAAAAACAUGCGAAACCCUGCCAGGGGACACACCAGCAAGACGUCAUGGGGAACGCCGGCAGCUUCUGAAGGACAAUCACCAUCCUCUAGUGGAAGUCCAGGAUCCCCUUCAAGCCGGAGUGAGGCCGCAGUGACAACCCCUGCAAGUGAGAGCACUUCCAUCAGGUUGAACCACCUUGAUAUUCAUGGAGAUGAUGCGGGAUCGCCCCAAGGGACUAUCACGUGAGUGGCUAUAUUAUUCUCAUUCUCAUCAUUAUGAAACCUUCUCCCUCCAAUCACUGGAAAUUUACUUCAUUAAUUUUUUAGUGCCUUAUGAACUAAAAGAACAGGUCUUACUAAUAGAUAGAGCGGGAAGUGUAGAAAAAUCUAGACAUUAUCGUUUUACUUUUGUAUAAAAAAUUUAGAAGCUCCUGAAGUUCAUUUCCACUCUUGCCUAUUUAAUUAUAAAGUCGUCAAAAAGAUGUAUUUGUAAAGUGGUUUUGUAUUAUUUUGGCUGAACCGUUAGGAUUCAAGGUUGGUUGUGUCUGUGUUGAGUAUCAAACUUUGAUGCACAUUCAUCUUGCUCAAAAUAGUCAUGCCCAAAAAUGAUUAAAUGCUGAAUGUAGCCUGACGCCUGAUUUUGCCUGUAUGAAUAAUGGGAUAUAGCUAAGAAUAUGUGGCCACUGGUUAGAAAAUUUACCAGUACAAUGUGUCAUUCGAGUCAAAAUAACAAUGGUUGUCUGCUGAGGUUAGCUAAGAACGCAGGACUGGCCUUGCUUUCUCCACAUAUACACAACUAGUUUUUUUGGUGAUAUGAAGGGGGGUAAUUUAAUAAUUUGUUUUCCUUGCCCAAUCAUCUUUAAAUUUUCUCCUUCUUUUUCUAUCACAGAUAAUAGUCGGUAGUAAGCCCUUUCGUGAAAACGUUCACAAAACACUACCAAGUAACAGAAAAAAUGUUAUUUGUUAGAUCUUUGCUUGCUGGCCGAUUCAACUGAGUGAAUCUUUAGUAUCUAGAAAAAAAAAAUGGUUUCUCAAAUCUUCCUUCUCCCGACGUGGAAAACCUGUCCUUUCUGCUGCACAUAUGACUUGCAGGUUCUUUAAAUUUUAGUGUAAGCUCUCAUGUUGGUCAUUGUUGACUGGAAGUGACUUUUUAUUUUAAUUGACUCCACAACAUGAAGGCUUUGGUUUGUGCCUCAAUCUAACUGAUAAUAUCCAAUAACACAGUGGUAAGAAGAAAAAACGGGGUGCCCGUGCAGUUAGUGGUGACAAAAGUGGACGAGGACUUCGUCAAUUCAGUAUGAAGGGUAAGCUAUUGAGCUGUUAUUUGUUUGUCCUUUGCCUACCAUCUUUAAAAUGGAAGAAAGCCAUCUUACGUGUUAUAGAAGGUGGUCUCAUUUAAAUUGGAUAGUUAUUCCUCUUUUGAUUUCGUGGUCAUUUUAUAUACUGAAUGGUUCUAUAAUUUGCUUGUGUUUAGUUUGUGAGAAAGUUCAGAGCAAAGGGAGAACGACUUAUAAUGAGGUGAGGUGGCUUCUUGCAUUUGAUCUUGUUCAACUACUUCUCUGUACUUCUAUUUGUUUUCUUUGCAGCUUUUUGUGUGGAUAUCAUGGCUUAUUAAUGUGAUCUGUAUCUUCUUCAUUGGUUUUGUAUGGCACGCCAUAACAAAUGGUUGACCUAUUAUUUAUAAGAUUCCAUUUUCCUCUUUCUUUGUGUGAAAAUUUCCCUAGUAUUUGGAGGACCUUUCUAUUUUAUGUUAAUAGAUGAACGAUAUUAUGAGAAGACAUGUCCAUCAGAAACACAGCCAGAUCAUUUAAGGUCUGAGUCAGUAUCUAGAGAAGGUCAUAUAGUAAAACAAUAUGCUCCAUCGGAACACUUGUGGGCACACCUCAUUCGUUCUACAAACUGUCACCCUUACUAUACCAAACCAAAUAAGCAUCAAGGAAAACAACAUUCAAACAAUAUAAAUCCAUUCGUAAAAUAGUCAUAAAUAUUUUUCUAUUAUUUUAUAUUAUAUUUGGUCAAGUUUACUCUAAGAUAAUAUCACUUUUCUGUGUUCAGCCAUACUUGUUGUGGUCCUCAUUUGAGAAGCCUCCGUUUUGGAUACUGUGCUGCAAUUGAUAAAUUAAGCUUUGAACUCGGCAAAAACUAUUGUGAUAUCAUGUAGUCGGGUUUUCCAUUUCUCACUGUAACAUAGUACUUCGAUAGAUAAAUGACUUUUUGAUUUAAAAUUUAAUUUUAACUUUUUUUAGGCACCCGUUCUUGCUUUUGAAAAUCCUUUUUCCUUGGUAACUUAAAUUUUAUAAUCAAACUUUAGACUUGGCCCUAAAAACUAUGGCAGUAUAUCAUUUAGUUGUCUAUCGCUAAUUGAAAUUCAGUGUUUGCUAGGCGAAGUGGCUGAUUGUUGUUUCUUUGUAUUUUGACUUAUUGUUGUCACCUGUGUUAGCUUUUGAAGCAGAAAAAUGUGGAAAAACUGGAACAUGAUUUUGUUCAUUUAGUUUAUGGGUCCAUUAUGUUUGACUAUAUAGUUUAUUCAGAGGCAACGAGCGUUAAAUGUUUUUAGGAAUGAAAACAUAUAGGUACUGGAUUAUGUCCUGGUCUGCUACUAGAUUUUCGUCUGGUCGUCUUAUGAGCAGAAUAACUCUCGCAAGUGUAUAUUGGUAACUUAGGGUUUCAUCAGCUCAUCAUGUGGUUCUAAGCAGCCAUACAAUCAUGUCCAUGAGAUCUUUGGGUUAUUUUCGUCUUUUGUGUGUGAUCUUGUUUCCGAACUCACCCCGUGGAUGAAUUUAUCGUCCUUUUAUUCUUGUCUGUACCUCCGUUCAUUCAUGAGAACACUUUGAAUUACAGGAGUAGGUCCUGCAAGAGGCAUAAUGAUUUAUUUUUGCGAUGAUGUUUUCACUCAUAAUGGUUGAUUUUUUUUACGCUAUCAAUCAGCCAUAAGCAUCAUACUGGUAAUUCUAAAAUACCCUUGAGUAUCUGACAUGAAUAGUGUUGAUGUCUGUCAAUCUGGAAGAAUCUUCCAAAGUUAGCCAAAAGACGUCCCUCAUAAUGUAUGAACUAAAAAUAUAUCUUUAUUGUUUCUACUUCCCAGGUUGCAGAUGAGCUAGUUGCUGAAUUCGCAGAUCCCAGCGGCAGUCUUUCAUCUCCAGAUCAGGUAUUAGAACGUAGCAUCCUUGGCCUGGAGAGUAAUGUCACAGACCGUAUUCCCUUUCUCAUCUCUUUUCUUUUUGUGUAGUUAUUGAAUGACUAAUUGUCGCAUUUUUCUUGCCAAGCAGCAACAGUACGAUGAGAAAAACAUCCGUCGGAGAGUAUACGAUGCUCUCAACGUCCUCAUGGCAAUGGAUAUCAUAUCAAAGGAUAAGAAGGAAAUACAGUGGAAGGGUUUACCUCGUACCAGUCUGAAUGACAUUGAAGAAUUAAAGGUAUGUAAAAUGGCAUCAAUCAAUAGUUUUUUAUACUAAUAUUGCGAAGGAAUGCUCCUGAUGUCUCAUUUUACAGAAACGAUUGUAGAAACACCGCCUGUAGUUCCAGAAUUCUCUGUUUUUUUUUUUACUUUGACCAUCUCUUCAUCGCCUCCCCUGCAGGCUGAACGUACUGCAUUGAGAAGUAGGAUUGAAAAGAAAGCAGCAUAUUUACGAGAGUUGGAGGAACAAGUAAGGGAGUUUUUAUUUAUUGAAAAGUUUACUGCUUGCUGAUCCAUCUUUUGCACCGGUAGUUGGAAUGAUCUGCAGUAUUUGGCAAGGUGGAACCACAUAUACCAACUAGUUUACCCGAAACUUAGUUACCACACGCUCCAUACUUUUCCAUAUUUAGUAUAUAAUUAUUUUUUGUUAUUUGCAUCAAGCACAAUACACCAGAAAAAUGAAUGGGGGGGUAGUUCUUCCAUUUCUUGUUGGUCCAUCAUUUCAAUUAGUCUCAUUAAAAAGAAGCCCAUUAGCUUGCCAAAUCAUCCAAAUCAUUUCUAUGUGAGCCACAUGACUGGUGAUAAUCUCUGAUAACAUAUUCAUGAUGUCGCUUGUUCAAAAUUAUCUAUUCAAUAUUGUUCAUCUGUCCUCUCAGUAUGCAGGUCUUCAGAACUUGGUGGAACGGAAUGAACGGCUGUAUAACUCUGGAAAUCCUCCUUCAGGGGGGGUUGGCCUGCCUUUUAUUCUUGUUCAGGUACUGUUCUCUAAUUCUUAUAUAUUGUGUAGCUGAUUUAUAAUUACAAUCGUGCAGUUUGGGAUCCGAACGGCUUAUAAAGUUUCCAAACAUAGUAUAGAUUUAUUCUCUCUGUUAGUCGGCAAUCAUUUCUUUAUACUGUAUUGAAAUGAAGUGUUUGACAUAUAUGAUGAUUAAUCGGUGGAACAAUACUCUUUGCUGAAAUCAUUUCACCAAUAAAAAAAAUAAAAUAGAGAGGAGAAUUAUAUAACUGCCGCUUGUUAUCAUAUUUUUGCCGUUUGGUUGAAUGUGUAAUUAAUUUAUUUUUUUGGAGGAAGAAGAAAGGGUCAGCUACUGCUUGUUGCAAUUACCACGAAAUAAUUAAUAUUUUUAUUUUUUUGAAAGUUUAAUUCAAAGACGAAAUUAUAUUCUUCUAGAACAGUUUAUUUCAAUCUCUUUUUAAAAUUUACACUUUUUAUAUUCAUUUUUCCAGAGCUGAUAUUAACAUUAUUUCCGUUUCUGUCCGACCUAUCACAGACUCGCCCCCAUGCGACUGUUGAGGUUGAAAUCUCGGAAGAUAUGCAGCUGGUGCACUUUGACUUCAACAGGUAAUCCAGACAAACCCCUACGCCACAGAGUCAACCUUCAUCUGAUCAUUGCCUUAGUUCAUGUAGUAAAAAAGAAAAAGAAAAAGAAAAAAGAAAACAUGUACACCUUCGUAGCUGAAUCUUUCUCUCCCCGGCUUUGAAUUCAGAUUAACGAAAACAAUUAUGCAGUUUUCAUGUUUUUACACUCUUUUUUUAUAUCAUUCGCUUGAAUAUUGAAUUGGCAGCACACCCUUUGAGCUCCACGACGACACGUACGUCCUCAAGGAGAUGGGAUUCUGCGAACGGCAAGGCGACGACGAUGCCCCACAUGCCAUGGUCAACGGGGGCGAGAGCUCGAGCUCGCUGAGCGUCUAUCAGCAUCAUACUCCGACCACCCCCAAGCCCAAUGAAGCCAGCGGCAAGGGCCCCUCCCCGCCAAUUCCAGGAAUAUUAAAAGCCCGAGUGAAGCAUGAACACUGA